AUGUUCUGGUCUCUUAUCUUCUUAGCUGCGACGGCCGCCGCCGCAGCCAUCGACACUCCAUCAUGUCGCUGCACACCAUCCCAACCAUGCUGGCCCUCCGAUCAGAAAUGGCAAACGCUGAACGAGUCCGUCUCAGGCCAUCUGAUCACAGUCCGACCAGUGGCAUGGCCAUGCCACGAUCCGACGCUGGACCCGGAACGAUGCCAAGCCCUGAGCGCCUUCAAAAUCUACUCUUCCUGGCGACGAGAACAGCCAGGUGCCCUGCAGUAUCCGAACUGGGAGGCGUUGCCAUCCGCUAACCAAAGCUGUUACUUUGAUACCGAUCCCUCGGUGCCCUGCGGUCAGGGGAGAAUCUCCGAGUACUCCGUAGUCGCGGAGACUGUCGAGGAUAUCCAGGCCGCUGUCAGAUUUGCCAGAGAUCAUGGUCUUCGUCUGGUGGUUAAGAAUACGGGUCACGAUUUUCUAGGUCGUUCGGCUGCGCCGCAUUCGUUGCAGAUUGCUACCUACAAGAUGAGAGGCAUCUCGUUUUCUGAGAAUUUCGUGCCCAAGGGUGCCCCCCGUCAGAAUCAGGGGGUGGGAUCAACGGUGACUAUCCAAGCUGGCGCUGUGUUGAAUGAGAUCUACCAAGCCGUGCAGAAGAAGGGGAAAAUGGCUGUGUUAGGGGGAGCUCAUACCGUCGGUGCUGCAGGAGGGUAUAUUCAGGGAGGAGGACAUUCGCCCAUCGGGGCGUGGAAGGGCAUGGCGUCCGAUAAUGCGGUGGAGUUUGAGGUGAUCACCGCUGAUGGAGAGAGAGUCAUCGCCAACCAAUACCAACAUCGCGACCUGUUUUGGGCCCUGCGUGGCGGCGGCGGAGGCACAUUUGGCAUCGUCACCAGAGUCACUCUGCGCACCUUUGACGAGAAGCCCGCAGUCGCUGUCAACAUGACCGUGGCAAUGCCGUGGAGUCCGAAUUCCAGCUACUGGGACAUCGUGGCGGAGUUCAGCUCGCAGGUCCCCCGUCUCAACGACGAGCUCUGCUCGGGGUACUUGUUCAUGCUGCCCAAGGAUGAGGCUAAUGGACUCAAUAUCUCCGUGCUGCAGGGCACAAUUGCCUGUCUGGAUCAGUCAACUGCGAAGCCUGUCGACCAGCUGUUCGACUCGAUUCUCGCUCCCAUCCGCAGUCACCCCGGGGUCACCGUCUUGUACAACGCAACGGCCUACCCGACGACGUACGGGGCCCUGAACAGUCUGAUCAUGUUGGGUGCUGAAUCCGAUAUCACCGGUGGCCCGGUCAUUCUGGGUUCUCGUCUCAUCUCUCGCGACUUUCUCCGGUCGUCGGACGGGAGCAAACAGUUCGCUCAUACCCUGUCCCAGCUCCCGAUGGAUAAUGGGGCCGCGAUCCUGGCCCAUCUGAUUGCUGGAGGACAAGUCCAGAAGAAUGCGCACAUCGAGAGUGCUCUCAAUCCUGUCUGGCGCAAGACCGGUCUGCAUAUUGUCUGGACGCGGUCCUGGACUCCCAGGGCCUCGGAGAAGGAGAUCCACGCCGUGAAGCAGCAGGUCUCCAGGGAAGUUGAGGUCUUUCGGGCAUUAGAGCCGGAGAUGGGGGCAUAUCUCAACGAGGCAUAUCCUUAUGAAGAAGACUUUCAACGGUCCUUCUGGGGGGAGAAUUAUGGGCGAUUGUAUGCCAUCAAGCAGACGGUGGAUCCUCGGGGAUUGUUUAUUGCGAGAAAGGGGGUGGGGAGUGAAGAUUGGGAUGAGGAGGGAUUCUGUCGGGUUUGA